AUGAUAAUUUCUGGCAUCGGCCGUAUUGUCAGCCUUAUCACCAAGCUACAACUCAUCAAGGAGAUAAGUGAAGCCAAUCCCUUAACCAGCAUUCCGCCUAAGGUUUGUGCUAUCACUCCUUUUCUGGUUCCUGUCAAUGGUGACCAGGUUUCCAUUAUUACUUCUGCUCUGGCAGAGAGUUCCGGUCGCAUUCGCAGACUCCUUCAUGGCCUUCUGGCACGUUGCCGGCUUGCUUCACCAUCCUGUCUUGUCAGUCUACUUGAUGGCCUACUUACCAAUCUUCGGCGAUAUCCGCGCGACAGAUUUAGUCUUUGGCAGUAUGUCUAA